CGUCAUUCCGCGUUGCUUUGGGCGCUUGGGGGAGAUAAUCCGCCACACUGCACGUUUCUGGCCGGAAUGUUUUUAGUGUAGCGCUUUUUAAGGGCACAGGUACCGGAAGUGGCUGCAGAGCUGGCGGAAGGCGAUGGCAGCACGGUGGAUUGGGGUCGUGUUGAGGAGGUCGUGCUCUGGGUCGGCGGCUAGUGGCCAGGCUACGGAGGCCGUCGGUAAACCGGGACGGUGGGAACGGUUCAAGAGUGGGAAAAUAGCUGUUUGGACAAAGAGCCUGCUGCACGACUACGCUGAGGCCUGUAAGGACAUCGCUGUGGGAGCUAAGGAGCGGCCAGGCAAGGCGGCUUUCUACCUCUCCCUACUGACGGCUGCUGGAGUCUGUUCCGCCAAGGCCCCGGGGGAGGAUCACUUCCACAGCUGCAUGUUAGAGGCCUCGGCCUCCCUCCUCCUGCUCUCACCGUGGACGAGGAGCAGGAAGUCGGACCAGCACGUGCAGAACCUUAUGGACCUCAGGAACCAGGGUCGACUGCGCCACUUAAACCUUUUCCUUUUCUCCAUUGUCUAUGAGGCACCCUACGACCCGGACUGUGACCUCUACCCUGCCCAAUGCCCGCACCUACAGCCUCGCUGGGCACAGUUCCCCAGCAGGGUCCUAGACAUUGGCUUUUUUGGACGCUGGUGGCUUCUUCGUGCCAAGAUGGAAGACUUUGAUGUGAAUGAAGAGGAAUUUGCCAACUUGCCUGCCCCCAUGAGAGCGGUAUCCUGGAAUGACCUGCAUUCAGAAGAGAAUGAAAAGCUCUUCCAGCUAAAGUUCCAGCCAAUCACAAUGCACGACGAGCAGAUAGAAUAAGAGCCGACGCAUACGAUUGGUGGAGCUUUCAUUGUACAGCUGCUUUUGUCUGAAUCUAUAUAGUAUAUAAAUGCGUAUAUACGGAA